GGCGCCAUCAAUCACGUUUCGCACGGGGUGUUCUCCCGAUGCACUGCUUGGUACUGCUUGUUUUUGCACAGAAACAUAUUUCUUAAGGUUGUCUUGCAUUUAGGAUGAAUAGGCCCUAUAUGUAGUUUCAAUCAUGAAUGCAGAUAUUCAUGCACUGUGUGAGAAAUUGAUUCCAGUCACCUACGUGCAGCAGGGUCGAGAAGCCAGACGGGCACAUGAGAAGAAGAUACGGAACCUCCUGGAGCAUCGGAAGUGGCCAGAAGAUGGUUGGGAUGAUGCGACCAUUGAACUACUCCUGCAAGAACUGAGUGCAAUGGAUAGUAAUAACUUCAUGGCAAACUGUGGCGUUGGUGAGCGAGAGGCAAGAAUUGCAUCCUCCCUGGUUGCUAGGCGACACUUCAGACUAGGUCACGGGAUUGGCCGGUCAGGGGAUAUUGCGGCCAUUCAGCCCAAGGCUGCCGGAUCCAGCAUUAUCAUGAAACUGACCAAUGCUAUGGCACUUGACGCUAUGAAAAUGGCAGGUGUUCGUUCUACGGCUGCAUGUUUUGUCGUUCCUCUGGCUACUGGAAUGAGUCUUGUUCUUUGUUUCCUUGCUCUUCGUCAACUUCGUCCCAGUGCCAAGUAUAUCAUCUGGACUCGCAUCGACCAGAAGACUUGUUUCAAGUCUAUACUCACAGCUGGACUCCAGCCAAUCAUCAUUGAGAAUUGCCUGGAAGGUGACGAAUUGAGGACAGAUGUUCGGGAGAUUGAACGGCAAAUCCAGGAACGUGGAGCAGAGAACAUCCUGUGUGUGUUCUCAACAACAUCUUGCUUUGCACCAAGAGUCCCCGAUCGAUUAGAAGAAAUUGCAAAAUUAUGCAAAGACAGUGGUGUGGGACACGUCGUUAACAAUGCUUAUGGUGUGCAGUCUUCAAAAUGUAUGCAUCUAAUUCAGCAAGCAGCACGUGUGGGUAGAGUGGAUGCUUUUGUCCAAAGUACAGACAAAAACUUCCUUGUUCCUGUUGGUGGGUCCAUCAUUGCUGGAACUGAUGAGAAAUUUGUGGACAAGAUUGCUCAGACAUUUCCUGGCCGUGCAUCUGCAUCACCCACCAUCGACCUCUUUAUCACAUUUCUUUCCCUCGGAGCCGAGGGUUAUAAGAAACUUCUCAAGGAGCGAAAGGAGAUGUACUCUUAUCUCCAGGAUGAACUCAAGACGGUUGCAGAAGGACAUGGGGAGCGGUUGCUGAGAAUGCCCCAUAAUCCUAUCUCCAUGGCAAUGACCUUGGGUCUACAGUUAGAGGAUGAUAGGAAGGAGGUGUCAGAGGUGGGAUCAAUGCUGUUCAAGAGAAAUGUUUCAGGAGCAAGAGUGGUUCCAAGGGGUGUCACUAAGACCAUCGGUGGCUAUGAUUUCACUGGCUAUGGCUCACACUGCAAUGAUUACCCUACUGGUUACCUGACAGUAGCUGCAGCCAUUGGGAUUACUAAAGAAGAUGUGGAUUUGUUUGUCAAGCGGCUGGACAAAGUGUUAUCGAAGAAACAAGACAAGAAGACCAAGGUUGAAGGGUCUGAGGACAUGAAGACCAAGGUCGAAGGGUUUGAGGACAUGAAGACAAAGGUUGAAGGAUCUGGAGACAUGAAUCAUGCUUGAUGGAAGGAUGUCCUAAAAGCUU